AUGGUUCUGAUUCAUGAAAAUGAAGAUCAGGUGUUUCAUAAUGAUGAUGAUGAUGAUAAUGAUAAUGGGAGGUUUUGUAUAAAUGAUAACUUGGAUUUGUUGAUCGAAGUUCUGCAAAGGGUCGAUGGAAGAUCGUUAGGUUCAGCAGCGUGUGUUUGCCGGCAAUGGUGUUCGAUUGUGCGGAAUGAUUCGUUGUGGGAACAUUUGUGUUUUCGUCACGUGUCGCCACCGCCGGUUGGAGUCCGACCGGUGGUUUCGGCAUUGGGUGGGUAUCGGAGGUUGUAUAUGGUGUGUGUGAGGCCCGUGCUGAGUCGACUCAAGAGGAGGAGAAUCGGUGGUGGUGGUGGUGAAUCGGAGGUGGUGAGACGUGUCUGGAACCAGCAUGAAGUGGAGCUGUCUUUGUCGUUGUUUUGUGUGGAGUAUUAUGAGAGGUUGUUGGUCGGCGGUGGAAGAGGCGCCGCCGCCGCCGGUGAUUCGCCGGCGUCGUCGCUCAAGUUUCUAUGCAAGCCCGUGAAUGUUUGA